GUCAAUGUCAGUGGCCAGUAUCAUUGACCUCGCAAAGUCAUAAAAUCGUAACGUGUCAACAUAACCUUCUAACCAUUUAGUUCACUUAUAAUUCAAAAUUGCAAAGUGCUCUAAUUUAAAAGUAAAUUAAUAUAACAAUGUCGUCCUUGGGUAAAAAAUUGGUGGAUCAGUUAAAAUCCAAAGAAUUUAGGAAUUAUUUGAUGAGCACACAUUUUUGGGGUCCAGUGGCAAAUUGGGGCAUACCUAUAGCUGCUUUGGCUGACAUAAACAAAGAUCCGAAGUAUAUAAGUGGCAAAAUGACCUUUGCUCUGUGUCUGUACUCUGCAAUGUUUAUGAGGUUCGCUUGGAAAGUCCAGCCCCAAAAUAUGCUCCUUUUUGCUUGUCACUUCACCAACGAGGGCGCACAACUCGUACAGCUAACCAGAUGUAUCAAAUAUAAUUAUUUGGAUAAAGAGAAAAAGCAAGAGAUAUGAGCGCGAAAUUUUUUAGUUAACUUUAUAGCUGGUUUUAGCAGUUUGGGUUCACAUAAUCGUGCUAAAAUUGACGUCGACAAGGAUUCAAGCUGCUUCAACUGUCGUUUGCCUUUUAGAGAUACCGUUUAUAUACAAUAUUUUACAUAAAAACUAAAUGUGAUUCAGAUCUGGGCGAGCUAAAAUAUUUUUGUAACAAACGUUUAUACAAAACAAUAUUUAUAUACGGCAGAUAAAAGACCUCGGGCUGUUAUACAUUUUGGAAUUAUAUAUAUACACAAUGGAAAAUGUUUCUAUUUUUGUAAUUAUACUGUAAAAUUGUUUUACAUUGUUUAUUGUGAAAUAAAUUAUAUUUUUAUGUUAA